CGAGAGGGGCAGCGGCGAGUCUCCUCGGAUAAAUUCUAUUAGAGCAGCCGCUGCCGGUUCAGCCAGAGCCGGGCAAGGCAGCGACGCCAGACGCGGGAGGCCCAGGCCGGCUUCUUCUUCUUCGGCUUCUGCUUCUUCUUCGGCAGCAGCGGCUUAUUUUUUUUUUAUUUAAUUUUUUUUUUUACCUCAGGGCCCCCUUCCCCUCCCCCACCGGCGCUCUCCCCCCCCCCCACCCUCGCGUGAGGCGGCGCCCCCCCCCCAUUUCCGUGACCUUCCCUCACGCGAGGAGGAGAAAGCGAGGAAAAAAACCCCUCAAAAGACAAAAGGAAGAGCCGGGGGGGGGCUGAGGGAGAGAGAGAGAGGGAGGGGGGGCAGGCCGAGGCGCCCCCCGUUUUAUUUUUAUUUUUUUUAAAAAAAAAAAACAACACCCUCCCCCCCCCGCUUUGAUUUUUUUUUUCCGUUGCUGCCGCCGCCGAAGAAGGAAGGGGGGGCCCCCGCAGCUCCUCCUCCUCCGACCCCCUCCCCCGACCCCCCGCCAUGGAGAACGGGCACACCAAGACGGUGGAGGAAGUGCUGGGCUACUUCGGGGUCAACGAGAGCACCGGGCUCAGCUUGGAGCAGGUCAAGAAGCAGAAGGAGCGGUGGGGAGCCAACGAACUACCAGCUGAAGAAGGAAAAACCUUACUUGAGCUGGUGAUCGAACAAUUUGAAGAUUUAUUAGUUAGAAUUUUGUUGCUGGCAGCAUGUAUAUCUUUUGUGUUGGCUUGGUUUGAAGAAGGAGAAGAAACAAUCACAGCCUUUGUAGAACCUUUUGUAAUCUUACUCAUAUUAGUUGCUAAUGCAAUUGUGGGUGUGUGGCAGGAGCGAAAUGCUGAAAAUGCCAUUGAAGCUCUUAAGGAAUAUGAACCUGAAAUGGGAAAAGUUUAUCGACAAGACAGAAAAAGUGUACAAAGGAUAAAAGCAAGAGACAUCGUCCCCGGUGAUAUCGUGGAAGUAGCUGUUGGGGACAAAGUUCCUGCUGACAUCAGAAUUACUUCCAUAAAAUCAACAACUCUACGAGUUGACCAGUCGAUCCUCACAGGUGAAUCUGUCUCGGUAAUUAAGCACACGGACCCUGUGCCUGAUCCUCGGGCAGUAAACCAAGAUAAGAAAAAUAUGCUUUUUUCGGGUACAAACAUUUCUGCGGGCAAAGCCAUGGGGGUCGUGGUGGCCACUGGGGUCAACACGGAAAUCGGCAAAAUCCGUGACGAAAUGGUGGCCACCGAGCAAGAGAGGACCCCCCUGCAGCAGAAGCUGGACGAGUUCGGGGAGCAGCUGUCCAAGGUCAUCUCGCUGAUCUGCAUCGCCGUCUGGAUCAUCAACAUCGGCCACUUCAACGACCCCGUCCACGGCGGCUCCUGGAUCCGGGGCGCCAUCUACUACUUCAAAAUCGCCGUGGCCCUUGCGGUGGCCGCCAUUCCAGAGGGCCUGCCUGCCGUCAUUACCACCUGCCUGGCCCUGGGCACCCGUCGCAUGGCCAAGAAGAACGCCAUCGUCCGGAGCCUCCCCUCGGUGGAAACCCUGGGCUGCACCUCGGUCAUCUGUUCCGACAAGACGGGCACCCUCACCACCAACCAGAUGUCGGUUUGCCGGAUGUUCAUUGUGGACCGUGUGGAAGGAGAUAGCUGCUCUCUGAAUGAAUUCACCGUGUCUGGUUCAACGUACGCUCCCGUCGGAGACAUUUACAGAAACGAUAAAUCCGUCAAAUGCUGCAUGUACGACGGCCUCAUUGAAUUGGCUACAAUCUGCGCCCUCUGUAACGAUUCCUCUCUGGAUUUCAAUGAAGUGAAGGGAGUUUACGAGAAGGUCGGGGAAGCCACCGAGACCGCCCUGACCUGUCUGGUGGAGAAGAUGAACGUGUUCGACACGGAUCUGAAAGGGCUGUCCAAGAUCGAGCGGGCCAACGCUUGCAACUCGGUGAUUAAGCAGCUGAUGAGGAAGGAAUUCACCCUCGAAUUCUCCCGGGAUAGGAAAUCCAUGUCUGUUUACUGCACUCCAAACAAACCCAGCCGGACGGCCAUGACCAAGAUGUUUGUGAAGGGCGCUCCAGAAGGAGUGAUUGACAGGUGCACCCAUUUCCGAGCAGGAAACAUGAAAGUACCCUUAACCCCGGGGAUUAAGCAGAAGAUCAUGACCGUCAUCCGCGAGUGGGGCACCGGGAAGGACACGCUGCGUUGCCUGGCCCUGGCCACCCAUGACAACCCGCCGAGAAAGGAGGACAUGAACCUGGAAGACUCUACAGGUUUCAUCACCUAUGAGACCAACCUGACCUUCGUGGGCUGCGUGGGAAUGCUGGACCCGCCCCGCAUCGAGGUGGCCUCCUCCAUAAAGCUCUGCCGGCAAGCAGGCAUCCGUGUGAUUAUGAUAACAGGCGACAACAAGGGGACGGCGGUGGCCAUCUGCCGGCGCAUUGGCAUUUUCGGCGAAGACGAGGACGUCACCACCAAAGCCUUCACCGGUCGGGAGUUUGAUGAACUUUCGCCAGCCGGCCAGAGAGACGCCUGCAUGAAUGCCCGCUGUUUCGCCCGGGUGGAACCCUCCCACAAGUCCAAAAUCGUGGAGUUUCUCCAGUCCUUCGAUGACAUCACAGCAAUGACAGGAGACGGCGUCAACGAUGCCCCCGCUUUGAAGAAGGCAGAAAUUGGAAUUGCCAUGGGAUCUGGCACGGCCGUGGCAAAGACAGCAUCGGAAAUGGUACUGGCGGAUGACAAUUUCUCCACCAUUGUAGCCGCUGUGGAGGAAGGCCGGGCCAUCUACAAUAACAUGAAGCAAUUCAUUCGCUACCUCAUCUCCUCCAACGUUGGAGAAGUGGUCUGCAUCUUUCUGACUGCCGCACUGGGCUUCCCGGAAGCUUUAAUCCCUGUCCAGCUGCUAUGGGUCAACCUUGUGACCGACGGACUUCCUGCCACCGCCCUGGGCUUUAACCCCCCUGAUCUGGAUAUCAUGAGCAAGCCACCUCGUAACCCCAAAGAGCCCCUCAUCUCCGGGUGGCUCUUUUUCCGUUACUUGGCAAUCGGAUGCUACGUCGGAGCUGCCACGGUGGGCGCUGCGGCUUGGUGGUUCAUAGCUGCCGACGGGGGCCCGAGAAUUACCUACUACCAGCUGAGUCAUUUCCUGCAGUGCAAAGAGGACAAUCUGGAUUUUGAAGGGGUCGACUGUGUGGUGUUUGAAUCUCCCUAUCCUAUGACCAUGGCGCUCUCCGUCUUGGUCACCAUAGAGAUGUGCAACGCCCUCAACAGCCUCUCGGAGAACCAGUCCUUGCUAAGGAUGCCCCCGUGGGAGAACGUCUGGCUCCUGGGAUCCAUUUGCUUGUCCAUGUCUCUUCACUUCCUGAUCCUUUAUGUAGAACCAUUGCCACUGAUUUUCCAGAUCACCCCUCUGAACGUGACCCAGUGGCUGAUGGUGCUCAAGCUCUCCCUGCCGGUGAUCCUGCUGGACGAGACUCUUAAAUUUGUGGCCCGUACUUACCUAGAGCCGGGUAAAGAUAUUAUGCCGCCCGCCACCAAACCACGUCCUUUGUCUGCAUGCACCGAAGGGAUCUCGUGGCCAUUCGUGCUGCUGUCCUUGCCGUUGUUGAUUUGGCUUUAUAGCACAGACACUAACUUUAGUGACAUGUUUUUUUCUUGACCUGAAGUCCGGUAGCGGUAGCUUGGCAGUCAGAGAGAGGUUUAACUUAAAAAAGAAAAGAAAAGAAAAGAAGAAAAAAAGAAAAAAAUCGAUUUUUUAAAAAAUUGUUCCAAGCAAUUUGUCUUAUUCUGCUGAAUUUUCACAUGAACAUGUUUGCCGGUGACUGAGGUUUCCAUAUUCUAGACUCUGGGUUUUUUUCCUCUUUUUUUUUUUUAAUCUUUUUAUUUUUCCCUUUUCCUUUUUCUUUCCCCUGACCCCUGUGUGGGGAGGGGGGGGUGAGUCCUCUUCUCCCCCCACCCCACUUCUUUUAUACACGAACUAGGGUGUCCAUCGACAUGUACAGAGAAAUUAAACACUAUUUUAUGCAAAUAUUUUUUGUAGAGGAGACGCAUGUACAGUGUUCUGUUUCAUAGUUCACUCAUCCUUGUAAAAACGACGACAGCGCUGGGGGUUGGGGGUGGGCUGGGGUGGGGGAGGCAGGGGAUCACAUUUUGAGAAACCCGUGAUUGGUAGCUGAUUUUAGGGAAUGAGUGUCGUGGGAGACGUUUUCCUCCCUUAAACCAGAAGCAUGCGAAACUCUCUUCAUGUCUGCUGCAUGGUUGAACAUCUAAUCCUAAUUUAUCAUUCAGUUGGGCGUUUUCUGCACUGGGAAAACCAGACACCUCAAUUUCUUUUUCUCCCUUCCUUCCUUCCUUUUCUUUCUUUUUCUUUUUCUUUUUCUUUUUUUUUGGUUUGGUUUCAUUUUUUGCAUUUGCCACCCAGUUAUCCUUUAGAUCAGGGGUCUCCAAUCUUGGCAACUUUAAGACUUAUGGACUUCAACUCCCAGAAUUCUGGGAGUUGAAGUCCACAAGUCUUAAAGUUGCCAAGAUUGGAGACCCCUGAUUUAGAUAUUUACAAAUAUUCACAAGAUAUUUCCCAGAAAAAUAUCUUGCUUACACUCUGUCCUUGGUAUCUUGUUGAUCUCGCCGGUGCAGAAAACGUCAUUUUGAGAGGCAUCCCGCUAAAAUUAGGUGGUGGGGUUUUUUGUUUUCCUCGUUUCAUUUGUUUCUAUAUCCCCGACACGUGUAGAGGUUUUUGUUUUUUUUUUUUUAAAAAAAAAUCAAAAACAAAAAGCAGAAACAAAACUAUUUAUUUAAAUAUCGUCUGUAUUUUUACUGUAACAAGGUUGCUUCACCAGCAUUGCCCAUUAUGAGAAGGGAUGGGAGAGGAACAGAAGGAAGGAAUGGGGGGGUGGGAGGCAAUCUGGAUGGACUUUAAGCAAAGAGCAAAAAAAAAAAGAAGAAGAAGAAGAAGAGAGAGAGAGAAUAAAUUUUCUUUUAAAAUCGAGACCAUUCUGUUUGGCAUUUUCAUUCCAUUUUAAUUCUUGCGUCAGGCUUUUUUUUCUUCUUCUCCUCCUUCUUCUCCCUCCCCUGUUCCAUUCCUGUUAUUAAUCGGGGCAUUUACAACCAAACCUUGAUUGUGUUGGCUCAGAAUUUUUGUGUGUGUUUUUUUUUUUUUUUUUUAAGAGCUGGCAUUUCUCUCUGGGGUUUUUCCCCCCCUUUUUUUGGUUUAGGCCUGUUAAUUCUCCGUGCCACCUUGUCGAGGUACCAUCUGCUAGCCGCAUCUUGGGCUGCAGCCAAUAAGUUAACAACUUUUGUGUCCGUGUCUGUGUGUGUGUUGUAAAAAUCUGUAAAUACCAUGUAACGCAAUGAACACAUUGUAGAGAACUCUUUUUAUUUUCUCUCCCCACCCCGCCCUGUGGCACUAACCACCAUCGUUCUCUUGUGAUCAGUGUCUGUGCAUGGUGUCUUGUUUAUUGCCUCCCCAAACUUGAGUCCUGUAUUGAUAUGUAAGUUCAUUAACAGUCUAACUGUGUGGUGUUUCUCUCCAAUGCCUUCCAACAUUUCAUCGACUGAAGUGAGUAUCUCUCUCCCAUUUCGAUGGUGGUGCGUGUUGCUAUGUAUGUAACAGUGGAAACAUGAGGGCCCCUAUGCUGUGUGACCCUUUCCAGAGACCUCAAUAAACUCCCCAUUGCAGUUUCUCUAGCCUACAUUUUCUGCCUUAGCGUUGCACAAAAACCUUUCCCCCUUUCCCCGCCUUUCUGCUGAGUUAAAUCUCAAGAGACUCAAAUCGGUUGCCUUUAUUCUAAAAUCCCUGGGCCAUGCUCCCUUCGUGGCUUCUCAAAAUAUUUGGAGUCCCCCUGGGGGACCUCGAUGCUCUCUUGAGCCUUGGUGGUUUUCUUAGAGACGUUGCAUGACCCAACUAGGUUACUUCAUCAGUGCUAGAAGGGUUGAGGGGUUUGCGGAGUGGAGGAGGAAGAGAAGGGAGAAAGAGGAGGAGUAGUUGUACGGUCCUUAGAGCUCUCUGAGCUGCGUUGUUUCCUUACAGACGUUUCAUGACCCAACUAGGGAACAUCAUCGGUGCUAUCUCUCAGGUUCCCUUUGUCAGCACUUGGCUUUUCCUGGGGUUUGCUUGAAAGACGCACGGAAAAUGUAGGAAAGGCUUUGCUAAGGAAGAGAAUGCCUGGCUUUGUACGGAGAGACGGGACUUCUUAAAUUGUCCUAACUUAACUUCGGCCUACAUUGCUCAGGACACGCUUGAUUUAGAAGGCGAGUUAGAGAGUUGGGACUAGCUGAGCCUGGAGGAUUAACGUUGGUUGUAAGGUCGAGGUGCGCAUCCAUAGGAUUUUUCUUUGCAUAGUUCAGAUCCGCAGGCCCAUCGCUUCAAAAAGGAUGCGAGUCGGUGCUGUUUUUCCAUUUGCACAAACAACAUGUGUGAGUUACGGUUGCAGUCGGUCUUCAUUCCCAGGUUAAGUUUGAUUUUGCAAAUACCACCCAACCCAGCGUUCCUCCCUCCCUCCCUCCCUCUUCAACGUGCCUUGGGCCACAAAACCGAUUCCAAGACAGCAGGAGGAUCUAUUUUUAAAAGCCGAGCAGAGCUGCCCCUGGGAUCCGUUUCUCUCCCUUUUUCUUUUAUUUACACAAUACAGCUGUCCCCUUAAAUCAGCAGAACCUGGCUUGUUGCCGUUUCUAAAUUACUUUGGGUACAGAUUUACAGUUGCUGGGUUUUGAACUUCCCUUUGUCUCCGGGAAAGGGACCCUUCGCUCUGUGAUUGUAAAAUAACCCAGGACAACCGAUAAAAAAAUUUAACUGCAUGCAAGGAGAAAAGCAGGGAGGAUUUCAGGAGAGACAAAGCAUGCAACAACAAUGCAGAUUGUCUUGUGUCCUCACACCUGUUUUGUUGCACAUCUUGCACUGCUUCCCUAAUCUCUGCUCAUGGCUUUAGCAGCACAUUUUUUACCCAUCAGCGCAAAAAAAAAAAAAAAAUUCCCCAAAAGAGAUGGGUACUUUUCUGGCAUAGCCUACGACAAAAGGCAGAUUGGAAAGGUUUUAUUCAGAGGGAAUGGAUCAAACGGGCACCGUAGAAUAAAUCUGGUCAGAAAGUUUCAGAAAAAAGAAAAAAAAACUAAUAGAGCCAAUGGGUAGAUGGUGGACAGUUUGAUCUGCGGUUCUGAGUCUCUAUUUGCUAAGAGAUUUUGUUCCGUUCAAGAAAUGAAGCAAAACUUGGCAGGUUCCUAACCUCCCGUCACUCACAAGUUGCUUUUUGUUUGAACAAAUGCCUCUGAAAUUAUUAUUUAUUUUUUUAAAUCGGGAGAAAGCUUAAGCGAGCUAGUCAUUCUGCAUAGCACAAUGGCUGGGAAAGCCUUGACGGGAGGGUUGCGUGGAAAGGCUGUUGGUUACGAUGGGCAAAGGAGACCUAGGAAUCUGGAAAUACGACUGGCCUACACGCCAAGGGUGGAUGUAGAUUUUUCUGGAAGAAAAGCAGUCAGACAUUGCUAGGCAAUAGUAACAACGCUGUUUUAAAGUUGCCUGUGCUUUCAAAGUCCUUAAUCUGACCCAAAUAGUGAAGAUAGAUGGAUGGAUUAGAUUCAGUUGGGCUCCAGAUGUUUAGGGUUCAACCCUCCCCCUAAGAGAAGGGUUACAAGCCCCUUGUUUGUAUUUCUGGGGUCUUAAAGGCGCAAGGUACAAUUCUGAAGAGAGUGUCAACUCCACAAUUGGCUGUAUUUGUGUCUGAUCCACUAAACCAGUUUGCAGCUUUCGGGUGGAUGAAAACCUCCUAAUUCUAAAUGUCCUCUUAGCUUUUUAAUGCUUAGUUCUUUUUCUGCUAACCUGUAUUCUCCUGUUGGAUCGUGGGAAGUUAUGGUCAAUUGCCUAUCGCUACUAAGUCUUAAAGAGAAAAAAAAGCGAUCUUUUGCUUUUAUUAUGCUUUCUUUAUCUGUCUUUUAUCACUAAUGUUUUCUUUUCUCUCUCUCUCCCUCUCUCUCUUUCUCUUUUUCUCUCUCUCUUUUUUUCCUUUGCAGUGAUACUGGAGUAAAAUCAUUUAGUCCUAAACCAAUUUUCGCAGAAUUGUAAGGUUAAUUUUCUUGCAUGUGUCUUUAGCAACGCAUCUGCUGAAAACAUCUGCAUGAGUCUUGUACAUUGGGAAAAAGAAAAAAAAAAACUUUUAAAAAACCUUCCCGAAAGCGAAGGAGGAAAAAAAAAAAAAAAUUGAACUGCAAACUUGUGUUCCGUGAAGGAAAUGUGUGGUGCUCUUACAACUAAAAGUAUAUAUAUACAGAUCUACCAAACUGUGCAAUAUAGUUUUUAAUUGAUAAAAACAGACUUUUGCAAAAGAUGUUCUGGGAAUGCAUGAAGACAAGGCUCCCUUUACCUGCUGAGCAAGAAAUAUGAGUGAUGAUCCGGCCAAGUUUUUUUUUCUCCCCUCCUCCCCCCCCUUUUUUCCAUAUUUUCAUUGUGUAAAAUGUUAUGAUCCUUUAUCAAAUGUACAGUAUUAGACUGUCAAUGCAUGCUUUUCAAUUGUACGUAGCCGAUGACCUCUAUUGUAUCUUUAAAAAAAAAAAAAAAAGUUAACAGUUUAAACAGCUCUGUACAAUAUGCAGUUCUAUUUAUACAGAUCAUUGAUGGAUGGUACCGUUCCUGAAAUGUUUUAAGAAAACUCUUAAACCUUCAAAUUCCAUAACUUCAGCUUCUUCUUUUUUUUAAAAAAGGAAACAAAAAAAAUAAUAACCUGGAGCGUGCAAAGAAGACACUUCUUUUUGCACCGUAGUCACGUAACUUAUUUUAACUCUAAAAGUCGUUCAGUGCAAUACACGAGUCGUGAUGCAUUUUAUCCGAGCAAGCGUGCGAACCUGGAGGGGCUUUCCGGUGCCAGCAAGCAGGAGACACCCUUGUUCUCCUUCCUUGAUACUUUUCUCGGAUGGAUUUCAAACGCGAGCGGCGGCCCACGGGAGACACGCCGUCGUCUAGAUCCUACCUCGAGGGAAUUCCCACGGGCGAAACGGUGGCCGAGGCUUUGUCGCGUGGCUCCCGGCGUUGGGAGCCCUUCGGAUCCCAUUUCUAAGAUAGCAUGUGUGACUUUCUUUUUUUUUUUUAGAAGUUGUAAAUAACGUCUGAUGGAACAUCACACUACCAUCCUGGUUUCGGGUAAAAUAAAAACUUAUUCUACAGUAA